AUGGAUGCUCUCGCAACCAAUAUUGCGCGGCUCGCCGACUCUUGUGCCGCCGACAUUCGCGCUGCCGUAGUCGCAGAAACAAACGGCGGCCAGAACCUACCGCAUCUCACGUCGGCAUGCAGCGCCCUGGAAGCGCUCCAGCGCAGCGCCGUGCAGCUCCGCGGCAGCCUCGCCGCCGCCACCGUUUCGGAAGCGCUGAGGAUGAGCGUGAUGCAGUCGCUGGGCGCAUGCCACACCCAUGCGGCGUUGCUGUUUAAGCAAGUGGCGCGACUAGACGCAGAUAAUGCGAUAAAAACAAGGGAAGACUUCUGGACGGUGCUGGGGGCGUUUGUUGGGGCGCACGUGAAGCUCUUUGCAUGCUACGCUGAUCUUCUAGCUACGACAGAUGGCCAGGAUGAGCGUCUCAAUGCCGCCGCCAGCCAGGAAGUCGUCCACCAGGCCGCGCAUGCCGUCCGUCUCGCCAUCAACGCACCCGACAUCUUCGCUGACGAGCCCUCGCACGCAGCUUCUCUUCCCUAUUCCGUCAGGGACGUCGAGGCGCCUCCUCCGUAUGAGUCUAACCCAGCACCACCACCAGCCAGCGGCAUCCUGCGCCGGGCAUCCCACGACAGCGAGGCUGCCGGCAGCAGCAGCGCACGCAGUCGCGCCUGGGCCAAGAUAGCAUCCCCCGUCAAAGCCAUCCGGGGCCACAUGGGCGCCGGCGUCGUCCUCCCCUUUGUCGACGAGCUCUGCGCGGCGGCUGCGGGCGGCCAGGCCAAGCAGGUCGAGGCUCUCGUGGCGCAGGGCGCAUGCGUCGACGGCAUCAGCAGCCACAACGACACGGCGCUCGGUCUCGCCGCCGCGCACAACCACAUAGACGUCGCCAGGACCCUGCUACAAGCCGGCGCUCAAGCCACCUUCCACAGCCCGCACCGUAUGCCCCCAGUCUUUGUCGCCGCAGCCGCCGGCCACAGAGACCUGGCGCUUCUCCUCCUUGAGCGCGGAGCGUCGGUAACGGCCAAGGACAUGCGCGGCCAGCCGUUCCUCAUCCAGCUCGUCGACGAGGGCGACCACGCGGCGAUGCAGUUCCUGCUCCAGCACGGCGCCAACGCCAACGCCAAGGACAUCACCGGCCGGACGCCGAUUGUGCACGCCGUCGCGACCAACGACGUGUCCAUGGCGACGAUUCUGCUCGCGUUUGGCGCGGACCCCAACGCGCGGGACCUCGCCGGCCGGCCGCUCCUCGUGCAGGCCGUCCAGAACCAGAACGGCGCGCUGGUGCGCUUCCUCCUCGACAGCGGCGCCGACAGCAACAGCCGGGACAUGACGGGCGCGUCCGUGCUCGCGGUCGCGUGCCAGAAGCACGUCAAGACGAGCGAGACGGUGCAGCUGCUGCUGCGGCGCGGCGCACGGCCCGACUCGACGACGGUGACGGGCGUCACGGUGCUGGCGGACGCGCUGGGGCGGCACAGGGUCGACCUGGCGCGGGUGCUGCUGGAGCACGGCGCGGACGCGGGCGCGACCGAGGUGACGGGCCAGCCGCUGGUGAUUACCGUGGUGAGGAGCAGGAAGGUGGUGCUCGAGGACAAGAUGGAGCUGCUGGGGAUGAUGCUGAAACGGGGCGCGUCGGUGCAGGCGCGGGACUUUGUGACGAGGGAGACGGCGGUGGAGGUGGCGCGGAAAGUCGAGUGUAAAAAGGUGGUGAAGCUGCUAGAGUCGUACGAGAAUGCAGAGUAG